AUGUCUUUUUCAUGGCUCACUUGCUCACUUCUUCUGGGAACUUUGUGCGCAGGGUACAGCCUCGGAGAGGUGGAGACCCGGGAAUGCGUGUACUACAACGACAACUGGCGAACGGAGAGGACCAACCAGAGCGGCUUUGAGCGCUGCGAGGGGGAGAAGGACAAGCGGCUGCACUGCUACGCCUCCUGGCUCAACUCCUCAGGGACCAUCAAGCUGGUGAAGAAAGGCUGCUGGCUGGAUGACUUCAACUGCUACGACAGGCAAGAGUGUGUCUCUAUGGAGGAAAACCCUCAGGUGUUCUUCUGCUGCUGCGAGGGCAACUACUGCAACGAGCGGUUCACUCACCUCCCCGACUUGAUUGGCAGCAGGAGCCGAGUGAAAAUUCGGCCUCCGCCCCGCGUGCCAUCCAUGCUGAAUGUGCUGGUGUACUCUCUGCUGCCGCUCUGCGUGCUGUCCUUGGCCCUGGUUCUGGCGCUGUGGAUGUACCGCCACCGCAAGCCUCCUUACGGCCACGUCGAUCUGAGCGAGGAUCCUGGACCAGUCCCUCCAUCCCCGCUGGUGGGUCUGAAACCACUGCAGCUGCUGGAGAUAAAAGCUAGGGGGCGCUUUGGCUGUGUGUGGAAGGCUCAGUUAAUGAGCGAAUACGUUGCUGUAAAGGUCUUCCCAGUCCAGGAUAAGCAGUCGUGGCAGAACGAGAGGGACAUCUUCCUGACGCCGGGGAUGAGACACGAAAACAUCUUGCGGUACAUCGGCGCAGAGAAGCACGGAGCCAACCUGGAGACGGAGCUGUGGCUCAUUACGGAGUUUCAUGAGAGGGGCUCGCUGACGGACCACCUGAAGGGCAACACUGUGACCUGGACUGAGCUGUGUCACAUAGCAGAGACCAUGGCCCGUGGCUUGGCCUACCUCCAUGAAGACAUUCCCAGCUACAAGGGGGAGGGGCCCAAACCUACCAUUGCACAUAGGGACUUCAAGAGUAAGAAUGUGCUACUGCGCGAUGAUUUAACUGCAGUCAUCGGGGACUUUGGGCUCGCAGUGCGGUUCGAGCCAGGAAAGCCUCCUGGAGAUACUCAUGGCCAGGUCGGUACGAGGCGUUACAUGGCCCCGGAGGUGCUGGAGGGAGCCAUUAACUUCCAGCGAGACUCCUUCCUUAGGAUUGACAUGUACGCGAUGGGUUUGGUGCUGUGGGAGCUGGUGACCCGCUGCUCAGAGACGGACGGUACAGUUGGCGACUACAUGCUGCCGUUUGAGGAUGAAAUAGGUCAGCAUCCUUCCCUGGAGGAUCUGCAGGAUGUGGUCGUGCACAAGAAGAUGCGUCCAGCCAUCAAGGACUGCUGGCUCAAACAUCCGGGUCUGGGUCAGAUGUGCGAGACCAUCGAGGAAUGCUGGGACCACGACGCCGAGGCGCGACUGUCAGCCGGCUGCGUGGAGGAGCGCAUCUGCCAGAUCGCCAGGACGAUAGGCAGCACUACCUCAGACAGCCCCGCCUCCAUUGUGACGUCUCUCAUCAACGAGGCCCUACCUCCCAAAGAGUCCAGUACCUGAACGGGUGACACCUUGGCUCACCCGAGCUCCUGACUUUUUGUUUGUUUUUGUUUUUUGGCAUUUUUUCAAACCCAAACUCAGCGGAUCUUCGUUAAUAUUUAACAACCCAACCCCAGAUCCCCUCCCUGUCAUCCCUUAGCAACUUACCUGCAGCUGCUAUUUUAUCUCAAUACUGGUAUUUUGUUUCUGUUGAGUGUUACUAACACAUCCAUCUGCUGUAGUGGAAGUAGUAAUAAGCUAUGCGAUGGGCACAUCCGAUACCACCCCCGUGUGUCAAACCUUAAAUGUCAUCGUUACCUCAUGUAUUUCUUUCAUGUUUUAGUCUUUUUUAUUUUUUUUAUUUUUUUUUAUUACCUCAUGAGUUGCUGUCUUCGUCGUAGUUUCCCCGUCGGUGGCCAAAUUCUGAAAAAAAAAAAAACAAAAAACAAAAAAACCCUUUGCUCCAAACCUCAGACGACACGCUGCACACCUCGGAGGAAACAUUUUGAGACUGUUAAACGAAAAUAUAUUCAUCUUCCUCAGGGGUCGAAGCUUCUCGAUUUAUACAUUUUGAGAGUGCUCCCUUCUUUCCGACCUGUGAAUUCUUCAGAAUGAGAUGGAGGAGGGGAAAGAGGAACGGCACACUGCUUUUUUGUUUUUUCUUUCUUUCUUCUUCUUAUACAGGAAGGGAGCAAAUUCCGAACUGAGCAGUCACAUUGUACGUUUUGGACUUUCUGCGGAUUUCGGACAGAUGUCUUGUCCUUGGAACUACCUCUCAGGUAUCCUCCAGCAGGCUCCUUUGGAACAUUUCUUAUAAGUUGAGAGGCGAGCUAUCCGGCUAGCUAACAUGAACGUAUUCCUGGAUUUCUUUUCUUUUUUUUUUUUUCCUUUUUAAUUGUUAAAAUUCAGAGUUACUCCUUUGCCAGUGCCAGGGGCAUUGACGGAUGCUGUCUGGAGUUGCAAUGUUACAUUCUUAAUUUUAUCCGGAUGCAUUUUAUUUUAUUUUUUUUUUUGUGCGAGUGUGAGAAUCGGAAUGAUUUGAGACGGAGCGUGUGUUUUUAAAGUAAGAGCGACAAACAGGUAUUUGAGGGUUUAUCCUUGUGAUUGUCAUGCAUUUCUUUUUUUUUCUUUUUUUUUUUAAAUCAUUGGUUACUAGACUCAGUCGGACACGGGUCCACAGAUACCUCAGUCACUGUAUGUCAUGCAAGGAGAGCUCAAAUUGGUUGCCUUUGUCUCAAAUGCAAUGCCAUAGUUGUACCAUAAUAUGAAUACCAUACAUUGAAUGUCCGUUAUGCUGCUGUGACUAUUCCAGGAUACUCAAGGAUUUGUAGAUGUACAUGUAUCGUUUGUUAAUGUAACACUAACUAUCCAUGAUAAUAUGUGAGGCUAAUAAUCCUGUUUUUGUGUAGGGGGGGGUUAAGUUUUGUGUUUUAUUUUCAUUUUUUUUUCUUCUUUUGACUGGGUAAGCCUUCAGCUGCUUACUCUCCAGACUGACCUCAGAUAUUCUGACAAGUACCUCAGGCUUUUUCUACAUGUAUAUCAAGUUGUGUUAAUGUAUUUUAUUGUGUUUUAGUAGUUGAAAGGAUUUAUUGCAGGUGGGGUGGCCUCUGUCUUUUUUGGAUUUUAUUUUUCCAUUUUUGAUAGAACCUGACCACUUUUCACAAUGUAUAUGCCCUUACAAAUGUAAAAAAAAAAAAAAA